AUGGAGCACCCGAGGUACAACGGCUCCCUUUACAAUGAAUUCAUCCUGCUCGGGUUUCCAGGAUUUGAAGGGUCGGAACGUCUCCUCUCUGCUCCACUCCUCUUGGUCUACUUGACCACGCUGAUAGCAAACUUUGCUAUUGUGCUGGUUAUUGCCCCGGAUCCCAGCAUGCACCACCCCAUGUAUCUCCUCAUUUGCUGCCUCUCGGUUGUCGAUAUCAUUGUUAGCUCCGCCGUGGUCCCCAAGAUGCUGCUAAGCUUUCUGUUUGACCUGAAAGCUGUCUCCUUGGCCGGCUGCCUGGCCCAGAUGUUUCUCGUUCACUUUUGGUCCUCGGCAGAAUCGACCCUGCUGUUGGCGAUGGCCGUCGACCGCUUUGUGGCAAUUUGUAACCCGCUGCGAUACGCCGCCAUUGUGACUGGCACGGCUCUCCUCAAACUGGCCUUGUUUGCCCUCGUACGCAGUGGGCUCACAGUGGCCACUCUGGUUAUACUGGCCUCCCCACUCCCGUUCUGCAGGACUAACCUCAUUGCCCAUUGUUACUGUGAGCACAUGGCACUCGUGAGGUUGGCCUGUGCUGACACGAGCCUGAACAGCACCUUGGGUUUGGUAUUUGCCUUCACGAUCAUUGGCUUUGACAGUGUAUGUGUCCUCCUGUCCUACUGGAGGAUAGUAACCACUGUCCUAAAGAUCAGCUCGGCAGAGUCCCGAAGCAAGUUAUUUCACACUUGCUGCACUCACUUGUUAGUGAUCUUGUUCUGCUACCUCGCUGCCUUAUUCUCCUUCUUGACGUACCGGGUAGGUCAGGUUCCCAUGGGUAUCCGUGUGCUGCUCUCUGUCAUGUACCUUAUAUUGCCUCCGAUGGCCAACCCCAUCAUUUAUGGGAUGAGGACCAGAGAAAUCAGAGAGCGGCUACUGAAAAGGUUUGGGGGCCGAGGGAUAAAACCCCAAGUUCAGGAAGUGGCAUCUGUAACCAGCUGA